GGGUUUCAAGUCUCUGAAAAUACGAUACGGAAUGUCUGGGCGAGACACAGGUAGCUACAUGGUGCAUUCGCGCCAUGCAGUCUAUGCAUCUGGGAAUAGCGGGAAGGCGUAAGAAUACUCCGUGGUGAGGAACUCCUGGUCGCCGUGGCGAACACAAUGGUGGUAACAAGUUAUGAACGGUGUGAACGACUCGCAAAAAAUGUAUCGCAGGGCGCCAGGGUGCACGCCAAGUCCAUAACGACGAGCGUCCAGGCGCAGAGUCGUGAACGGAGACGCCAGAAAAGGAGGAUGCAAUAUAUCCGAAAAGUGCGAGAAUCGACGUGAUUCUACGCAAAGGUUAUCUUCGCAAGGCACGUCGGUCCAGUGCCGCCGCCCCACCGGGCCGCAUGACGAUGCUCAGCAUCCUGGUCAGCAGCGCGUUGAGCAGCGUCUUGGCCGCGAGCGACGUCGUCAUAGUGCCGUCCUCGUCGAAGAACGCGAUCCGCACGCCGCCAUUGAUUGCCUCGAUCUGCGCCUCGUCGCCGGACCACGGCCGGUCGUCCGCGAAGACGGCCGCCUCCGCCUCUUGCACGGGCGACAUAGAUGCGUUGAGGAAGAACUGGUGCCGAGACGUCCAGUUCAUGAGACUUUUUGGGAUCUCGGUGAUUGUGGUGGAACGCGCCUGGACAUCCUCCGAGAGCGAGACGACGCCGUUUCGGGAGAAGAUAUCAAUGAGCCCUCGAAACGAGCGAGGGAGAAACAUCGAUACGGGCCCGUUUUGCGACUUUGCGGAGACCCAUAUCGGAGCACGGACGGCAUCUUCCUCCGUUCGCAGCCGCACAGUGACAGCCCCAUUGACACUAAGCAUGCUUAUCGUUGUCCUGGUUCGCUCGCUCUGCGCGACGCUCGUCCGAUCGCUCGGAGUGCCCUCCCGGACGGUGACAUGAAUGUCGAUACACCCGUUUCGCGUCUCCAGCUCAAGGUUCCGCCUCCGCCUCCCAGGUACAAAAUGCGGAGAUAACGGUAACGUUGGAUCGACUGUGUAGUGGCCACGGAUAUCCGAGUUGUGCCGUAAAUCAGAUACGCUAUUGACGGCGACAUGAUUUGGAUGGAUAGGAGGGGUCGCGGAGUUGAGAGACGAUUGGGACCUGUGAGUUGACAGCCCUGGACUGUGGUUCGCACUCAAGUAACUGAGAGUGCGCGGAGGUGUUGGAGGCGGUACGGGACUGUGCGUCGGCUGCGGUGAUGAUAGCUGGCCCAAUGCUGUCUGGUCCUGCUCUGACUCCGUUAUGGCCCCCAGCGAAGGUUGCGGCACAGUGAUAGUAGGUACGGCAGAAUACGGGGGCAAAUUCGACAUGACCGAGUCAUGGCGCCUCAGACUUCCUCCCGGAGACCGAGCGUCAAUCUGGGACAGACGCCUCGCAUCCUCUUCUGUCUUGAUGAUCAUAUCUCCGUUUUGGACGAGAUCCAGCGUCAGGGCUGCCGUCCCAGCGUGCUUGCUUUUGUCUCUUUGUACAGACCUGGGGCUACUGCGGCACGAGUGAUUGCAAUGCGCAGCAAGUCACCACAGGUUUGAAGAGGUUCCAGCGCAGCCCUAUCUUCAACAGCUCGAGCCUCGAUAUUCACCGCCUGUGGCCAACUUUAACUGACUGGAAGAUGGUACAAGCGAUUAGCGAGGCGGUGUUGUCGUCCAAACUUCACGGGAACGUGCUGGACAAGAAGACCGGUGCGUUGCCGGGUCGAUCAUCCGGCGUCUUCAUCGGAGGUAUGAACGGUAAAGGUGUGUGUUUCUUGAGCGCGUUGGCUGGAAUGACGCGCAGGACCAUCCAACAGUACCACCCACCGUGUCUCGGAGGACGACCUCGGCGUUGGUCGACGUGCUCUGGCCGUGCCGGUGUGAUGCCGAAGCGAGGAUCGUGUCUCCGCCCGAAAUGCCGUGUGCCUUCCCCGGAUCCCCUUGUUAGUUUCACGCUCACGCGGUCACCUCCGUCGAUCUUAGCCUGGUCUCAGUCCCCCGUCGCUCUUUGACCCCCCACGCUCCUUCCGCUAUACCCAGCAAUGUUCGCUCGCCUCCUCGUCGCCUCUGCUGUUGCAGCCCUCGCUGGUGUCGCGUCUGCCGACCUCCAGGUCCUCGCUCCCGGUGGACCUGACCUGUGGUGGGUCGCUCAGUCGGUCAACACGAUCCUCUGGAAUUGCCAGGAAUCUCAGUUCCAGAACUUCACCAUCCUCAUUGCGAACAGCAACCCAACGAUCCUCGUCCAGCCGCAGGCGAUUAUUGCUAUCGAAGAAAACUUCGACUGCUCCAAGACAAUCACCGAGCAGCAGGCUAAUUUCACCGUCGCCAGCGGUUACACCAUUCAGCUUGCCAACACGUUGAACACCACCGACAUCUACGCCGAGUCUCAGCCCUUCGAGAUCAAGUCCCUCGGCUCUACCUACCCUGCCAGCAGCGCGACGCCUACCGCCACCGGUACCUCUACCGCGUCUGGCUCCAACUCGGCCUCCGCCUCUGGCUCUCCCACUUCCGGCUCGGAUUCUUCAGCGACCAGCAAGGCGUCCUCUGCCUCGUCCAUCCAGUUCAGCGGCGUCUUAGCCCUCGCGGCUGCUGCUCUCGGCCUUGUGGUCGCCUAAUUACGGCGUCCAACCUCACGGAGGUAUGCCUAAUUCGAGCCUUAUCUAAGCGAAAAUAGCUACACGCUUCCUUCGUUCACAAGGAGCUUGGAUGGUGGCAUCCGUUCUUGGUUCUUUUGACUUUCCGGGCAUUGGUCGGGGCUUCCGCCCGUUGUUACUCGAUACAUCUACCCCUGUAUCCUGUCUCAGUCUCAAUUGAAUUGUCUUGGGUUGACUUUCCA